GGACCCGCCCUCGCGCAAGCACGCACGCGCAGUCCCCACCUCUCCGUGCUCUGAGCCCUCGGCCCCCAGGUCGCCGGCCCUAGGCCCGGCCCCGCCUCCAAGCGCGACCCCGCCCCUCAUGCCGGGUUUCGCGCAAGCGCGCCUCCCCUGCCCAGUCUUCCCCCCGCCCCCGUUAGCCCCGCGGUCCCACGGCGCCAGGUCGCCCCUAGCCCCCUCCGUCCUCCCGCCCACUCUCUGUCCCUCCCUCCCUAGCUUUGUGCCGGGGGCGCGGAGCCGCUUCCCCCCUCAGCCGCGCUGCGGGAGGAGGGAGCCGCCACCGAGGAGCUGCCGCUGGCUGCCCCGGGCAGGGGCACAGGCUGAUGUCAUAUUUUUAUUCUUGAGAGACAGCAUCAUGCAGUGAAAAGAGCUUGAGCUUUGGAGUGAUACAGCCUUGAGGUUGAAUUCUGGCUCUGCCACUACUAGUUCUGUUUCUUAAUCGCAACCAAGGCAAUGUCUUACUACCUCAACUCAGAAAACCACCUGGACCCAGGGCCCAUCUACGUGCGAGAAAAUGGGCAACUGCACAUGGUCAAUCUGGCCUUGGAUGGUGUCAGGAGUAGCCUGCAGAAGCCAAGGCCUUUCAGACUGUUUCCCAAAGGCUUUUCUGUGGAGCUUUGCAUGAACAGGGAAGAUGAUACUGCACAGAAAGAGAAGACUGAUCAUUUCAUCUUCACAUACACCCGGGAAGGGAAUCUUCGGUACUCGGCCAAAUCCCUCUUCAGCCUCGUCCUGGGCUUUAUCUCUGACAAUGUUGAUCACAUUGAUUCCCUUAUUGGCUUUCCUGAGCAGAUUGCUGAAAAGCUGUUCUCUGCUGCUGAAGCCAGACAGAAAUUCACAGAGCCAGGUGCGGGGCUGAGGGCUUUACAGAAAUUCACUGAGGCCUAUGGAAGUCUGGUGCUUUGCUCCUUGUGUUUGCGAAACAGAUACCUGGUGAUUUCAGAAAAACUUGAAGAGAUUAAGUCUUUCCGGGAGCUGACCUGCCUAGAUCUUUCCUGUUGCAAGCUUGGAGAUGAGCAUGAACUUCUAGAACAUCUCACCAAUGAGGCCCUGUCUAGUGUAACUCAGCUCCACCUGAAGGAUAAUUGUUUAUCUGAUGCCGGGGUGCGGAAAAUGACGGCACCAGUUCGAGUGAUGAAAAGAGGCCUUGAAAAUCUAGCAUUAUUAGAUUUAUCUUGUAACCCUGAGAUCACAGAUGCAGGAAUUGGAUACCUCUUUUCUUUUAGAAAACUAAACUGCUUAGAUAUCUCUGGGACGGGACUCAAGGAUAUCAAAGCUGUCAAACACAAGCUUCAGACCCACAUAGGCCUCGUUCACUCCAAAGUGCCUUUGAAGGAGUUUGAUCACAGUAACUGCAAGACAGAGGGCUGGGCUGACCAGAUUGUUCUACAGUGGGAGCGAGUGACUUCAGAAGCUGUGAAGCCACGAGAAACCUCGGAGCCUCGAACAGCAGCUCAGCGCUUCUAUGGGAAGCGGGCUCGAACAGAAGCCGCAGUGAAGUGUCCCCUGGCAGACGCCCACAUGAACUCUUCUGAGAAACUCCAGUUCUAUAAAGAGAAAGCCCCAGACUGCCACGGGCCACUGUUGAAACACGAAGCCCUCUCAAGCCAGGAGUCAAAGAAGAGCAAGAAGAGAGCUUUUGAGGAGCCAGAGAAGGAACAGAGUGACUCUUCACAGUCUUCAAAGCAGAAAUAUGUGUGUCUUGCUGUGGAAGACUGGGACUUGUUAAAUUCCUAUUGAUUGGCAGAUAUAAAUUGACCUUUUUCCCCUCCAACUCUAUAUUAUAUGAGGAAAGGGGACUGAUGAUGUUUUCCUUUUUGUUUGAAUUUACCUAUGGCAUUAGCAUAGCAAGCAGAUAUUUCUACUUUUGUGGUGGGGGAGGGGAAUGCUACGGAAGUAUGUAAUAAUUUCUAAUGUAUAUUUUCAAUACAUAGUAAUUUUUCAAAUAAACAUUUUUGCUGUC